AUGGAGAGCCGGGGGAUGGUGAGAACCCAGCUCAGCCUGUCGUGGCUUCCCCCGGUCCGGGUCCCGGCCCGGGCGGCCGCCUUCUCCCUCUCCCCCUCUCCCUUCACUUCCUUCCUCUCCUCCCCUUCUCUUUCCACCCCCCUCUUUCUCCUCCUCGUACUUCUGCUGCAGCUUCAAGACACCGGAGCCCAACUAGGUGAUGGAUGUGGACACACUGUGUUAGGUCCUGAAAGUGGAACUCUUACAUCAAUAAACUACCCACAUACCUAUCCUAACAGCACAGUUUGUGAGUGGGAGAUCCGUGUGAAGGCGGGGGAGAGAGUGCAUAUCAAGUUUGGUGACUUUGACAUAGAAGAUUCAGAUUCUUGUCACUUUAAUUAUUUGAGAGUUUACAACGGAAUUGGACUCAGCAGGACUGAGAUAGGUAAAUAUUGUGGUCUGGGGUUGCAACUGAACCAUUCCAUUGAAUCAAAAAGCAAUGAAAUGACAGUGCUAUUCAUGAGUGGAACCCAUGUUUCUGGACGUGGAUUUUUGGCCUCCUAUUCGAUUACAGAUAAACCAGAUCUAAUUACUUGUUUAGAUACUGCAACUAAUUUUUUGGAGCCUGAGUUCAGUAAGUACUGCCCGGCAGGCUGCCUUAUUCCUUUUGCUGAGAUUUCUGGAACUAUCCCUCAUGGAUAUAGAGAUUCAUCUUCACUUUGCAUGGCUGGUAUACAUGCAGGAGUUGUAUCAAAUAAUUUGGGCGGCCAGAUCAGUGUGGUAAUAAGCAAAGGUAUACCAUACUAUGAAAGUUCUUUGGCUAAUAACGUCACAUCUGUAGUGGGACAGUUAUCUGCAAGUCUGUUUACCUUUAAAACUAGUGGCUGUUAUGGAACACUGGGAAUGGAAUCUGGAGUCAUCUCCGAUUUUCAGAUAACAGCAUCAUCUGUGUGGACUGACUACACAGGGCAGCAGAAUAGUUGGAAACCUGAAAAGGCUAGACUGAAAAAACCUGGACCCCCUUGGGCUGCUAGUGACACUAAUAAAUAUCAGUGGUUACAGAUAGAUAUGAAUAAAGAAAAGAAAAUAACAGGCAUUAUAACCACUGGAUCCACCAUGGUAGAACACAAUUACUAUGUAUCUGCCUAUAGAAUUCUCUAUAGUGAUGACGCACAGAAAUGGACAGUGUAUAGAGAACCUGGUAUUGAACAGGAUAAGAUAUUUCAAGGAAACACAGACUACCAUCAGGAUGUACGCAAUAACUUCAUCCCACCCAUUACAGCACGUUUUGUUAGAAUCCAUCCUGUACAGUGGCAGCAGAAAAUUGCAAUGAAAGUAGAAUUGCUUGGAUGUCAAUUUAUUCCUAUAGGUCGUGCUCCAAAACUAACUCAGCCACCACUUUCCCGGAACAACAAUGACAUAAGAAACACAACAGUCACUUCACAUGUAGCCAAAGGUCGCGCUCCAAAAUUCAAUCGACCACCACCGCCUCGGCAUGGCAUUGACAUCCCUCUGCAGACUGAUCAAACAACAGUAACUCCAGAUAUCAAAAACACUACAGUAACUCCAAAUUUAACCAAAGAUGUAGCAUUGGCUGCUGUCCUAGUCCCUGUUCUGGUCAUGGUUCUCACUACCCUUAUCCUCAUCUUAGUUUGUGGUUGGCACUGGAGAAACAGAAAGAAAAAAACAGAAGGAACAUAUGACUUACCUUAUUGGGAUCGUGCAGGUUGGUGGAAAGGAAUGAAGCAGUUUUUCCCAGCCAAAUCACUGGAACAUGAGGAAACUCCUGUCCGUUAUAGCAGCAGUGAAGUUAGUCACCUGAGACCAAGAGAAGUCACGUCUGUGUUACAGACUGAAACUGCAGAGUAUGCUCAGCCAUUGGUGGGAGGAAUUGUUGGUACACUUCAUCAGAGGUCAACCUUUAAGCCAGAAGAAAGAAAAGAAGCAGGCUAUGCUGACCUUGAUCCUUAUAAUUCUCCAGUGCAAGAAGUUUAUCAUGCAUAUGCUGAACCACUGCCUAUUACUGGCCCAGAAUAUGCUACACCAAUAAUCAUGGAUAUGUCAGGACAUCCCACUGCCUCAGGUGGAGCACCCUCUACAUCCACCUUCAAGUCUACAGGGAACAAAGCCCCUCCUUUAGUGGGAACUUACAAUAAACUCUCUCGAACUGACAGCUGCCCUCUGACACAUGCAGAAUAUGACACUCCAAAAGGGGGGAAACCAGGACUAAGUGCCCCAGAUGAAAUGAUGUACCAGGUACCACAGGGUACACUCCACACAGCCGGAAGCAAAGGGGAAGUAUCCGGGGCAGGGAGGGAAGGAGAAGGUGAUGUUUUUAAGGAAAUCCUUUGAAGGUGAUGCCACUUUUUCCAAAGCAUCAUUUUUAAAGCACAUUGAAUUUUUUUGUACUAGUCAUGGUAAUAUAUAAAAAAGUCUAUCAGUAUCUAUCACUGAAAUGAUUGAGGGAAAAUAGUAUAACUGAGGUACAGGAAACUACUAAUCUGGCCAUUUUGCUCUGAAGAUAAAUGCCACACAGUUGUUGAUGCUUCCCUGUUCAUGAUGUAAUAUCCUGUUUCGUUACUACUGUAAAAUGCUAUAUUUUUUAAGUCAUAAGAGAGUUCCUCAGAUGCACUUCAAAGAAUUUAAAAAUCACUGAGAUGAAAUAUUUAUUAUUGAUGCUGCAGGUACAUUAAUGAACUUAAAGUAAUGGCUCUGUAAGCCUUACUAGCAAUAAUUGCUAAUGGUACUGUUAUAGUAAAUGGCUUGAAGUUCUUAAGAUCUACAUGCAAAGGUGGAAACUGUCCUGAUUUAUCUCCUCUCUGGUUCCCAUGUUAUCCUUUCUGUGUUUAUUUUUUUAAAAGUUUAUAAUCCUGUAAUAUCUAUAAAUUACUUUUAGUAACUGUCCUGUUGAUCUAAAUCUUUAGUGAGAUAAGACCUGUACUGCUUUAGAAACUUUUAAUGGCAGAUGAUAUAAUUGAUUUCUUCCAAAGCAUGCUCUCAGCCUCCUUUUCAUUUGGCCAAAAGCCAUGGCUGAUAGUAUUCUUAUGGGCUUUGUUCUGAGAAUCCUUAUGGGGUCUGCUUGGGUAGCCUAGUGAAUAUAGAUGCUCUGUGACUCAGCAACCACUUUACAGCUGAGAAAAGUUAUGCAGCAGGUUUUCCCCACCCACUCAUAUGUGCAAUGGCAUGGUUUGUAAAUGAACCUGUGUGACUUGUUAGGAGAAGAGUAGAAGGUUGUGAAGAGAACGUUAAUGGAACCCCAGUUGAUGUUUGUCAUCAGAAUGAAAUACAUCAGCACAGACCCCAACUCAGAAAUAAUACAUUUUAAAUUGUACAAAAAUGUGUAUUUUUUGGAUUUUGCCAAGUCAGUCAACUCUCCAAUAUAAUUUUUAAAAAUUUAAUCAAUGAUUCUAAACUUGAUUUUUUUAAAUGGUAGAGUAUGACAUUCUGUAGUAGAUAACAAAUGCAACAUUUUUCCAAUCCCCUUCUUAUCCUGCUGCAAUGUGAAGGGAAGAUUAAUCCUUAGCAUGGGAAACAUGGGGUGUCCCAAAAGUCUGAGUACAAUUUUUAGCCUUUUUCUAUCUUAAAAUAGUUUAGAACUGCAUCUCAGACCUUUGGGGCACUCUGUAUGUCAGUUGAUACAGAACUGUGUGUCACAUGUAAUCAAAUGAAAUUUUAUCUGACUUAUUUAUUGACAGUAUUCCCCACCCCCCACCCCCCACCGUUGUAGCACAUGUUCUUUCUUUGAAGCCAAGGCUUACACUGGGGAAAAUUGGAAGUCAUCUUUACAUUUUGAGGAGAAAACUUUGCAAAUUUUUUAUUCUUUUGACCCGCUGAAUGGCUUGGUAGAAGAAGAAAAAGGUACCAUCGCUCUUUCUGUUUCUCUCUCUCUCUUUCUCGUGAGAUCAGGUCUGUGAUUCAGCUUUUGGAUUUAAAAGAUGUAGUUUCACCUUGUCUGAGUCAUCAUAUUCUUAUCACACCAGUGUAAACUGACUAGAGAAGUUGCAAGUAUUUUAUUUUAUUUUUUGUUUUGUACAUUUCCAAAUAUGUAAGCAAUAGUAUUGUGGAUACUACAGAUUUUGUUUUUAAGGCAGCAUAGCAUAGUGGAUAAUGAGUAGCAAUUCCUUGAAAUCAGGAAGGCCCGGGUUUCAGUCCUGCUUUUGAUAUUAGCCAUGUAACCCUGGGCAAGUCACUUAACAUUUUUGUUAAGUUACAGCUCCCUGGCUGCAGCCACUGCUAACGCUUUAAGGUACAAAACAGUUUCCAUCUCAUUGGUCCCAGAGAGUUUGAUUUACCACAAGUUCCCUGCCUAUACAGAUGAAAUCAUAGGUCCAGACCAAAAAAAAAAAAAGGAUGUUGUAUUUCACUUGUUUUAUAAAUAAAAGUUUACUUUCCUGUAUUAGCUUUACUUAAUUUCAUUUUUAAGUUAUUAUUUUAACAAAAAAUAUGAGGCAAAAUUUAUUUAUUUUUAACUUGAGGUACCAAAAUACAGCUUGGGCAUAUUUAGAGUAGAAAGCAAAGAUGUUGGUAAACAAAAAUAUGACUGAAUUAAGUCAGCCCCUAAAGGCAGAAAAGAUGAAUGCGUCACUACUUAGUCCUUUCUGUCAUGUAUAAGGAGGAGAGAUUCAGUUCUGGCACUGUGCACAUAAUAAAACCUUUUAGGAAUACAUUUUGAACUGUUAAA